AUUCCCAUCACAGCAAUUGGUCCACAGGAGCUAUAAAUUGGUCUCCUCCAGAAACAGAUCAAAUUUGUCUUUGGGGAGGUCAGCUGGAAACUAAAGAGACCAUGGAGAGAAAUGGUGCUGCCUUCCCCCAGAUGCUAGACCCCACACACCACUUCCACACAGCACUGCUGGAUCAGAGACGGAGGCUACGUGGCCAGAUUGCUCACCUUCACAAGGCGGCUCGUAAACUCAGCAAGCUCCGCAAAAGGUCCCUGAUUGCCAACAUCAGCGGGAGCACCCUGACAGCCGCGGGAGCAGUCACAGCCAUUGUGGGGCUGUCCCUGAGCCCGGCAACACUGGGAGCCUCUCUCCUGGCAUCCGCUGUGGGUCUGGGCCUGGCCACUGCUGGGGGGGCUGUCAGCAUCACCUCCGAUCUCUCCUUAGUGCUCUGCAAUUCCCGGGAGGUGAAGAAGGUGCAGGAAAUCGCAAUGACUUGUCGGAAACAGAUGAGGGAAAUCCUUGGCUGCCUGGAGUUCCUCCGCCGGGGGCAGGGCCCAGGGGACCCCACACUGUGCCAGUCGGAGAAGAGGGCCUCCAUCUUGCUAUAUAACUCCGUCUGCUUCAUGGUCUUCUGCGGCUCCCACAGCUUCCUCGUGCCAGAAUACACAAAGGAGGUCACAAAAGUGAGCCAGGCUGUGCUGAAAGCCAAAAUCCAGAAGCUGGCUGCCAACCUUGAGACCUGCACCAGGGCAAUGGAUGAAGUCUGUGAACUUCUUGAGUCCAGGACAAAGCUUUCCCCAUGCACGAGGAGACUCAACUUGGGUGCUAAAACAACUGCUGAGAUCCCAAGGCCAUCCAGCUGAAACAGUGUUUGUCCCAUAGUUACGAACUGGUCUUGGAGACAUUACAUUAUUAAUUGUCACCAUUAGCACUGCUACCUGUUGCUGUCAUAAUAUUGGUGGUGCUAAUCCAAACAGAUGAUCACAUCUCUCAUGUGCCUUACCUAUAUCUGAACACAAACUCCUUCCUGAUCGGAAGCUAAAGCUUACACACACGCACACUCCACCGACAGCAGCCACCUGAUUAAAGUUGGAGAAUAUGAUGGACACACGGACUAUUGUGUAGACAGAAGCAGAUCCCAAAGCCUAAUGGCAGGAGUAGGUGGCCAUUCCUCAGACCCAUGUUUCUCCAGCCAUCUCCUUGGCUCUGCUUCCCCAAGGCAGCAAAAAAAUAAGUGGGUCAGGAGGCUGAUGAAAUCCCUGCAGUCCUAGUGCUGAUUGAACUUGAUUCGUAAAUAACAUAUGAAUUUGUAAGUGGUAAAAGGGCUGGGCUACCCUCAAAAAGCCAGCAGCUGCCAGCUUCCAGUGAAGUACAGUCCCAUUACCAAGGUACAUCUGGAAAGGCUGUUGAAGGAAGCAGGUCCAUAUAUGACAGGCUGUGUGGAUGGCUCAUCAUCCCAGGGUGAAACAGCAGGGCCAGAAAUUGUAAUCCCUUUUGAAGAAACCUCUCUAGGCUGAGAACUGUGAUGUUGUGAUUUAUAUGAGAGAUGUGUUUGUGUUCUAUUUAUUUACAUAUUUACAGGAUUAUUUUUAAGGUUUUGAUAUUGUAUUUAAAUAUGUUUGGGUUUUUUUUCUUUUAAAAAGGAGGCCUCUGCUCCAAAGGAAAGAAGCUGUUCUUAGAGGCAAAGCAAGUCUGUGGCAUGUGAGAGCAAGUCACAUGUUCUUUGGUUGUGAGGGAGGGCAAGUCCAUGUACAAAAAGGAAAGCAUGGCCUGAAUGCUGGUAGUUAUAAAAUAGGUGAAACAUGGUCAAUGAGUGACAACAGAUCUGCAGAACAAAAACAGGGAGAAGGACAGGUCAGUGACCCUGGGAUGAGAGCCUGCCUCAGGGCACUGGUGGAAGAAAGCAGUUAUCUAUUGCAGCAAGGACAGAAGCAUAGGUUGGUGUUACUGGUCUGAGCUGGAGCCCAGCUGUUAUAGGAGCACAUCUGAGAGGUGGGAGUACCACUCUCCAUGCAGUUGAGCAGCCUGUGAGACCCACAGUGGUUCGUCUGUGAGGGAGGAGGCAGCACUCAUGGAGAGCUACACAUAUUCCUACUAAUGCUUCCCAGGGAAGGCUUUGUGUUAGCAAAAUAUGUACUGGUACUAACACUCAAGAGGGGUGCAGAGGAAUAGGAUGAUUCAGAGGCAGAGCACUUACGAAACAGGAGGAAGGACUGGGACCCUGUUUCAAGUGACUGAUCUGCUAAAUACAUCCUUUAUGAUUUUUGACCUUUCAGUGCCUCGGUUCUCUGUCUAAAAAUGGGGAUAGUAGCACUUCCCUGCCUCACAAGGAUGUUUCUGGGACAAAUAUUGAAAAGUGCUCAAGUACUGUGAUGACAGGGAUCACGUCAGUACCUGGAAGAGGUAUAAGGCAGAAACCCCAGAAACUAGCUUGAGACAACUGAAGGAGUUAAUGCAGGGAUAAUUUCACCUCCACAAGUAUGCCUCAAUGGGUAAGAGAAACUUCCCUGCAGACACAUGAAUUAAAAUUAUCAGGAAACCCACUCUGUAAUUCUAAAACAUCGAUCAAACUCUUAGGAAGAGCAACACUUCAUCUCACAAAGCUUGAACCCUUGUCCUUUUUGUCUCUUCCUCUUGUCACAUCAACAUUUGUUUUUACACAUAAGAACAAAAGUUUUGAUCCUUCAGAGUGUGAGUCAGAUGCUUGUAAUGCCCAUGCCUGUUUGCCAGAAAUGAACAAAUACACUACUGGUUCGAUUAAAUUAAUAUGAAGCA